AAGUGUGAUGUAAUCCAGUUCGUAAGUGCUCGUAAGCUAUAUCCGAGGUACAAAGAAAUUUUGUGUCUUCCUGGUGUCUUCCGAAUAGUUAGGAGUUACGAAGUUAAACUGUGCGUGGAGAACUUUUUUACUUCUGCUAAGGCAAAUAGAAUAUAUCGUCAUGAACAUAGCAACAUUAAGAAAAGUGAUAAAACUUACCACUCCGUGGCGCCAUUUUGUAGAUAUUAAUAAGUUCUUUCAUCCAAACGUUUGUCACGUUUGCAAGAAAAUAAAUAGUACAGACGUUACCUUGAUACCAUGCUCUAAAUGCCACAUGAUUUUUUACUGCAACGAUGAACACAAAGAAGUAGAUAGAAUACACCACGUACAAUUAUGCGAAUUUUUACAAGAUUUUAUAAAGGACAAUGUAGAACAUCUCAAGUAUCCUUUAAGUACAGCCGAUUGGAUCCAAACACGGAAGGAAUUUCUGAUUAAACUGAAAGAAAAAAUGCCACGAGAAUUGUACCCAUAUGAAGUGCAGAUAAUACUUUUCGCAAAAUCGUGUAGUAUCUGUCAUCGGCAAUCGGAUUUGCAGCCAUGUUGCGUGUGCUAUUCUGACAACUAUUGCGAAGAACAUGAAUUAGAAUUUCGACAACAGCACCGAAAUAAUUGCCAUCAAUUAUUAUUUUGUCUCAAUUUAGAUAUCUUAAGUCUUCUGUGUGAAGGAUUUAUAAACAUAACCAAGGAACCUUGUGAAGGAAGAGCAUAUAUUGAUAACAUGCAAGAUUAUAUUGCAGAUUGUAUCCGUCGUGAUACUGAUGGGAAACGUGAAUUUUGGGAAUCCAAAGAUUAUUUUUAUAGCGAUUAUGUGUCAGGACCGUUAACACUAUAUCAUGGAAUGAAGAAUGCAGGCUUAUUAAAUCUUCCAGUAAUGAAUAGACCUCAAUUUGUUAUUCAUAUUGUGGCACCAAGCCUCCUUGAAGUGAAAUAUGCAAGUGCUUGGGAACUUGUUUUGCAUUUGUUACGUAAGAUAAAGAAGUUAACAAUUGUAGUGAUAGGAGCACAAUUAAUGAAUACUGUCAGUUGCACAACUAAGAAAGAAGUUUGCACUUCGUGCGAAACAUUACAACAGGAGUUUUACUAUGAGGUUUGUCAUAUGUUAUACUAUGAUUAUAUAAGCAGCCCAUCAUAUAAACAUCCAAAUGUGAUUAUUAUAUCUGAAGCUGAUUUGAUGAAUCAUGAGACAAUAAUGGAUAUUCUAAGGGCAUCACAAAUUAAAUGCCCAUUAAUUCUAACUUCAAGGUCGCAAUCUAAAGCAGGAGAAAAUAUAAAUAAGAUGAAAGAACUUCUAAAUAUAACACCUACAUAUAAUAACCAAAAUCACUACAAAUCCUAUAAACCAUGGAGAUGUUAUGAGACAGGUACUCUCUAUUAUCGUAAUAGUUAUGUAACGAUUUAUAAGAAUUUAUAUCCAUCUAAAGAUACAUUUGAAACAUAUCACAUGCCUUUACAACUAUCAUCUGAAGAGACCACAUCUGAAUCGAGUGAACAGCAAUCAUAUGUACUGGAAUUAAUUGAACAGAUGCCAUUUAAACAGGAGUUAAAUGAGCAGGAGACAUGUGAGCAGGAAUUAAGUAAACAGGAGUUAACUAAUUAUAUAUCAAUUGAAUUGGAGUCAAAUACACAAAAGUCAUGUAGACAGGAGCCAGUGGAACAGGAAUCAAGUGGUCAAGUAUCACAUACAGCAGAACAAUAUGAACAGACAUUAGAUAAAAUAACAUUAUGUGUACCAGAGACAUGUGUGAAGAGCGUAUGUGAACAGGAGCCAUGUGAACCGCAAUUAAGUGAAUGGGAUAGAUGUGAGCAGUUACUACCUAGACUGGAACUAUCUGAGCAGGAAUCAAAUGAACUAGAAAUACUACUAUUGACACAUAAAUGGAAGCAAAAUGGGCAGAGAGUACAUAUCGAGUCAUAUGCACAACAGACACAUAAAAAGAAAGCACAUGAGCAAAAUCCAUGCAAAAAGGAAUCAAGUGAACAAGAUACAUGUGGGUUGUUACCACUUGAACAGAAACCAUCUGAGCAGGUACCAAAUGAACUAGAGCAAUGUUUGCAGCAUUCAUGUCAUGUGGAUCCAUAUGAAGAGAAAUUACAUAAAAUGAAGUAUGCACAGCAGCAGACACAUGAAAAGAAGACACGUGAGGAGAAUCUAUCUGAGCAGGAAUCAAAUGAACAAGAUACAUGUGGGCAGUUAUCAUGUGGACAAGAGCAACAUAAGCAGGAAUCGAGUGAAAAGGAGUUACACGAAACGCAGUCACGUGAAAAAGAGGCAUGCGAACAGCAAUCAGUUGGACAGUAUACAUUUGGGCCAUUACUACCUAGAUUGAAACUAUCUAAGCAGGAUUUAAGUGAACUAGCACAAAUGCAGCGGUUGUCACGUAAAUGGAAACGAAAUGAACAGAGAUUAUCUAAAAUGGAAUUAUAUGCAUGGCAGACAUGUGAACAAGAGGCAUGUGAGCAAAAUCCAUGCAAAAAGAAGUCAAGUGGACAAGAUACAUGUGAGCAGUUACCACGUGGACAAGAACAUGAGCAGAAAUCGAUUGAAAAGGAGUCACAUAAAACACAGUCACGUGAAAAGGAGGCAUGUGAACAGGAACCAUGUGAACAACAAUCAAUUAAACGGUAUACAUCUGGGCCGUUACUACAUAGACAUGAGCUACCUGAACAGGAAUCAAGUGAACUAGCACAAAUAGUACGGUUGUCACGUAAAUUGAACCAAGAUGAACAGAGAUUACGUAAAAUGAAGUUAUGUGCACGGGAGAUGCGUGAACAGGAAGCACGUGAGCAAAAUCCAUGCGAACAGAAAUCAAGUGAACGAGAUACAUAUGGACAGUUACCAUAUGGACAGAAACUGCAUGACAAGAAAUUAAGUGAACAGGAAUUAUACGAAACGCAGUCACGUAAUAAGAAGGUACGUGAACGAGAGCCAUGUGAACAGCAAUCAAUUGAACGGUAUACAUGUGAGCAAUUACCACUUGAACAGAAACUAUCUGAGCAGGAACCAAAUGAACUAGAACAAUGUUUGCAGCGAUUAUGUGAUGUGGACCCAUAUGAAGAGAGAUUACAUAAAAUAGAGUAUGCACAGCAGACAUGUGAAAAGAAAGCACAUGAGGAGAAUCUAUGCAAGCAGGAAUCAAGUAAACAAGAUACAUGUGGGCAGUUACCAUGUGGACAAGAACUACAUGAGCAGGAAUCGAAUGAAAAAGAGUUACAUGGAACGGAAUCACGUAACAAGGAGGUACAUAAACAGGAGCCAUAUGAACAGCAAUUAAUUGAACCGUAUAUAUCUAGACCUUUACUACGUCAACAGAAACUAUCUAAGCAGGAAUCAAGUGAACUAUCGCAAUAUUUGCGGUUCUCACGUAAAUGGAAGCGAGAGGAACAGAGAUUCCGUAAAGUGGAGUUAUGUGCACGGCAGAUACAUGAAAAAAAGGCACGUGAGCAAAGCCCAUGCGAACAGGAAUCAAGCGAACGAGAUACAUAUGAGCAGUUACCACGUGGACAAGAACUACAGGAGCAGGAAUCGCGUGAAAAGGAGUUAUACGAAACGCAAUCACAUGAAAAGGAGACAUGUGAACAAGAGCCAUGUGAACAGGAAUCAAUCGAACAGUAUACUUCUGGGCCGUUACUUCGUAGACAGGAACUAUCUGAGCAGGAAUCAUAUGAACUAAUACAAUUUCUGCGAUUGUCACGUACAUGGAAGGAAGAUAAACAAAGAUUACCUAAAAUGGAGUUAUAUGUACGGCAGACAUGUGAGCAGGAGGCACGUGAGCAAAAUCCAUGCGAACAGGAAUUAAGUGAAGAAGAUACAUGUGAGCAGUUACCACGUGGACAAGAACUACAUGAGCAGGAAUCAAGCUUACCAGUGCAUUCUGUGAAUAUGUUACGUAAAUCAAAACAGUAUGAGCAGAAAUUACAUAUAUGGAAGCUACAUGAAGAGAAAUUAUGUAAAAUGGAGUUAUGUGCACGGCAGACACGUGAAAAGGAGGCACGUGAACAAAAUCCAUGUGAGCAGAAAUUGAGUAAACGAGAUACAUGUGAGCAGUUAUCUCUCGGACAGAAAUUGUCUGAGCAGGAAUCAAGUAAACAGCAACUAUAUAAAACGGAGUCGCAUAAGAAGGAGACACGUGAACAGGAACCAUGCGAACAGAAAUUAAAUGAACAAGCACGUGAGGAGAAAGCAAAUGAACGAGAUCCAUGUAAGCAGAAAGCACGUGAACAAGAGCUAUGUCAACAGGAAUCAAGUGAGCAGUAUUCAAGUCAACAAGAGGCAAUUAAAAAGGAAACAUCUGACUCGAAAUCAAGUGAACAGUCCUGUAAAUCCGUGCUGAUUGAACAGGAAUCAAGUGAGCAUGUAUCAAGUAAACUGGAAUCAAUGGAACAGGAGUCACGUAGACGGAAUUUAUCUGAACAGAAAUUAAAUGAACAGGAGUCACGUGUACAGGAAUCAAGUGAACGAGAUUUAUGUCAGCAGGAAACAUGUGACCUAUGUGAACAAGAAUCAAGUAAGCAGGAUUCAAAUGAACAGGAGUCAAGUAAAAAAAAGACCUUUGACUUGAAGUCAAGUAAAGAGUUAUAUGAACCAGAGUCAAGUAAGCAGGAGUUAGGUAAACAAGAAUCAAAUAAACAACAAACAAAAAAGCCAGAGGCAAAUGAAGAAGAAUCAAGUAAACAAGAGUUAAGUAAAAAAGAGACAUCUAAGUCAAAAUCAAUUGGACAAUCAUAUGAAUCUAUGUUAAUUGAGCAAAAGUCAAGUGAGCAUAAGUCAACUAAACUGGAAUCAAAAGAACAAGAGUCACGUGAACAGGAGCCAUUUGAAGAGAAGUUAAGUGAACGGCAGACAUGUGAGCAGGAACCAAGUGAACGGGAUCUAUGUGAGCAGGAACCACGUGACCUAGAGUCAAGUAAGCAGGAUUCAGACGAACAAAAGUCAAGUAAAAAGGAGACCUCUGACUUGGAGUCAAGUGAACAGUUAUAUGAGUCAGAGUCAAAUAAGCAGGAGUUAGGUAAACAAGAAUCAAAUAAACAACAAACAAAAGAGCUCGAGGCAAAUGAAAAAAAAUCAAGUAAACAAGAGUUAAGUAAAAAAGAAACAUCUAAGUCGAAAUCAAUUGGACAAUCAUAUGAAUCUAUGUUAAUUGAGCAAAAGCCAAGUGAGCAUGAGUCAACUAAACUGGAAUCAAAAGAACAGAAGUCAAGUGAACAGGAGCCAUCUGAAGAGAAGUUAAGUAAACGGCAGACAUGUGAGCAGGAACCAAGUGAACGGGAUCUAUGUGAGCAGGAACCACGUGACCUAGAGUCAAGUAAGCAGGAUUCAGACGAAGAGUCAAGUAAAAAGGAGACCUCUGACUUGGAGUCAAGUGAACAGUUAUAUGAGUCAGAGUCAAAUAAGCAGGAGUUAGGUAAACAAGAAUCAAAUAAACAACAAACAAAAGAGCCCGAGGCAAAUGAAGAAGAAUCAAAUGAACAAGAGUUAAGUAAAAAGGAGACAACUAAGUCGAAAUCAAUUCGACAAUCAUAUGAAUCUAUGUUAAUUGAGCAAAAGCCAAGUGAGCAUAAGUCAACUAAACUGGAAUCAAAAGAACAGAAGUCAAGUGAACAGGAGCCAUCUGAAGAGAAAUUAAGUGAACGGCAGACAUAUGAGCAGGAACCAAGUGAACGGGAUCUAUGUGAGCAGAAACCAUGUGACCUAGAGUCAAGUAAGCAGGAUUCAAAUGAACAAGAGUCAAGUAAAAAGGAGACCUCUGACUUGGAGUCAAGUGAACAGUUAUAUGAGCCAGAGUCAAAUAAGCAGGAGUUAAGUAAACAAGAAUCAAAUAAACAACAAACAAAAGAGCUCGAGACAAAUGAAGAAAAAUCAAGUAAACAAGAGUUAAGUAAAAAAGAAACAUCUAAGUCGAAAUCAAUUGGACAAUCAUAUGAAUCUAUGUUAAUUGAGCAAAAGUCAAGUGAGCAUGAGUCAACCAAACUGGAAUCAAAAGAACAGGAGUCACGUGAACAGGAGCCAUUUGAAGAGAAGUUAAGUGAACGGCAGACAUGUGAGCAGGAACCAAGUGAGCGGGAUCCAUGUGCGUAGGAACCACGUGAACGGGACGUGAAUAGAAGUUAGGAAUUAAGUAAACAUGAGUUAAAUGAACAACAAACAAAUGGACCAGGGUCAAGUGAACAGGAGUCAAAUAUACAGAAAUUAAAUAAAAAUUAGAUAUCUAAAACUACAGUAGCUAAAUUGUCAUAUAAACCCUUGUUAAAUAAGGAGUCGAGUAAAGAGGAUUUACAUAAAAGGAAGACAUUUAUAUCGAUCAUUUAUAAAGAUCAUCUUUACAGAAGUUACUUGUGAAUAGUUCAUCUCUGAUCAGAAUCAUUUCAUAUGGUAUGAAGCUCUCACGUACGUUUGUCACAUUGUCGUCACAUAAUAAUAUUAUCGUAAAAAAUAUAAA